UUUCUUAUGGCUCCCUCCUUCACAAGCCAUUCCAUCGCCUGUAUAUGCUCAACAAAGGAAAGUAAAUGAUGCUGAAAAUAUUGGUUCCUCGCAGUUCAUGUAUACUCAGUAUGGAUAUCCUGCAUACCCAUUUCCUGGUAUUCCAGUGAUGCAACAUGUUCAAGCUGACAAUUAUGGAGGAACCGAUGUUCCUAUUGGAAACUAUCCAGAUCCCUUAAAUUAUUCAAAUAGUUCAAAUAUGGUACCGGAGAUGCAGGCCAAAGCAUUGGCAAUGACUCCUCAAGAAAAGAUAGAAAAAUUGAGACGGAGACAACAAGCACAGGCAAUGUUAGCUAUACAGCAACAGCAGCAGCAAUUUGGUCAUCAAAUUAUGGGUGCUGAAGAUACGGUUUCUCAAGAAAAUUUUCAAAGGAAUAAAGGUCAGGGUGUUGUGAAAAGCGAUAGUAGCAUGGAAGAAAAUGAAAACAAACUGCCACCAUUAGGUCUCAACAUAUUACAUGAACAUGAUAGUUCCCAGAGAAUAAAUGCAUUGACCGAUGAUAACUCCUCGGAGAAAACCAUAUAUUAUCAGCUUCAAGAUUCCUUGAGAAAGUUGGACAUUAGAGUCAGGCUCUGCAUUCGGGACAGUCUUCUUCGGUUAGCUCGAAGCUCAAUGGAAAGACAGAAUGCAAGUGAUAGAAACAGUACAAACAAAAGUACAAAGGAGGAACAUGAAGUUCCUGUACAUGAAGACAUGAACACUGGGGAAAGGCAUACUGGACUGCCUGAUGCAGAAACAUACACAAAUCCCAUAGACCGAACAGUGGCUCAAUUGCUCUUCCACAGGCCUUUAGACUCAGGCACCAGACCUAUGAAUGACGAAGUGCCUCAGUCACCCAUGUUGCAUAAUCCCAUCCCCAAAAUGACUUUAAAUAUUGAUGGGACUAUGUCGGAGGGAGGACCAGAAAGCUAUGGAGAAUUGGAUAUGCAACCUUCUUAGUCGAAGUAGCUGGUUCUGACAUGCAGCAGGAGCAAGUGUUCUGGAGACAAGUAUCUUCUUAAUCACCGACAUAUUAUGUACCUACAGUGUGUGGUUCAGCUACAUACGUUACGUGUUCUGUGUAAUAAAGAAAGGGCGGGAGAACUCGAAACCCUAAAGUUAUUUCUGAAUAUAUGUCGACUGUCAUACUGGAGUUGAAAUUCCUGAUCACUUGUGCUUGUCAAACUAUACCUAAGCCUUAUUCUGUAGCGUAUUCUUAUAGAAAGUUUGUCGGCUGGCACAUUUCCACAAGAUAUUAACCUUCAUCAGUUCUUGAUUUUUUUUA